UUUUUUCGCUAGAUUGAAAGGGAGUGGGGGGACAAGCGUGUGUGUGUGUGUGAGUGUGUGUGUGUGUGGGAGAAAGAGAGAAAGGGAGGGAGAGACGGAGAGAGACAGAGAGAGCUCCAGUUUCUGUACCUGUUAGAGCGCCGGAUGGCCGGGUGAUCAGAUUAGAGGUGUCAGGGUUCGUUAAUCUGUGAGGGAGCGACAGUCUGCCACUCACGCUGCCUCUCAACACCGUUAACCAUUCAUCGGCGGUGACGGGGAGCCGGAGCACAUUUGGUGUUGACGCGCGUCGGGGAAUUUCCCCCACCGCUUUUUUUAUUUUUUACAAUGGAUACCUGCAGGGUACGAGUCUGGGUGUUUCUGGUCCUGUUAUGGCAGGACGGGUCUUUGGCAUCGCAGUUUCCGACACAGCUCAUGAUUAAAGAAUGGGUUGAUCAGAUGCAGAAAGAGCUUGUCACCCUGGCAGACACGGCCACAGCUGGGAAAAGCCUCACUCAGAUUUUUCUGAGAAACCAACACCUGUACUCUGUGGAGCAAAACGACGCAGAGGAGCUUGUGGCCAGAGCAGCCAGGAAAAUUGAACAGCUGCUGCGGAAGAGGUCUGCUGCCUUGGAGAAACUGGCCACAGCUGCUGAGAACUUCCAGAUGGCGCAUCAGUGGAAAGACGAGUUUGAGGGUGAUGAAAUCUCCUACUACAACGCGAAGGACAAUCUGGAUGCAAAUGAGACAGAAGGAAGAAAAUACAGGAUUCGACCAGACUUUAAAGAGGACCUGUCAUUUAAACGUUUGACUGAUCACAACCACACGGCUGUCCACAUCCCCACUGACAUCUAUGAUGGCUCCACCAUUGUGCUGAACGAGCUAAACUGGUCGGAGGCGCUGGAGGACGUGUUUAGAAAGAACAGAGAGGAUGACCCGACCCUUCUCUGGCAGGUGUUUGGUAGCGCUACGGGACUGGCUCGCUACUAUCCAGCUUCCCCCUGGAUGGAUGCUCGCAAGACCCCCAGUAAAAUUGACCUGUAUGAUGUCCGCAGGAGGCCGUGGUACAUUCAAGGAGCUGCCUCACCCAAAGAUAUGCUAAUCCUCGUGGAUGCAAGUGGGAGUGUGUCUGGCUUGACUCUCAAACUGAUCAGGACCUCUGUCAGCGAGAUGCUGGAGACUCUGUCUGAUGACGACUACGUCAAUGUAGUUUAUUUUAACACCCGAGUGAAGAAGACGGCCUGCUUCGACCAUCUGGUUCAAGCCAACGUGAGGAACAAGAAGCUGCUGAAGGAUGCUGUUCAGAACAUCACAGCUAAAGGAAUCACAAACUACACAAAAGGCUUUGAGUUUGCUUUCAAGCAGCUCUCUGCGACUAACGUGAGCAGAGCAAACUGCAACAAGAUCAUCAUGCUGUUUACUGACGGAGGAGAGGAAAGAGCUCAGGCCAUACUGGAGAAGUACAAUGCUGACAAAAAGGUGAGGAUCUUCACCUUCUCAGUCGGACAGCACAACUAUGAUAAAGGACCCAUUCAGUGGAUGGCCUGUUCCAACAAAGGCUACUUCUAUGAGAUUCCGUCCAUCGGAGCCAUCAGAAUAAACACACAGGAGUACCUGGAUGUCCUGGGAAGACCAAUGGUUCUGGCAGACAAGCAGGCCAAACAAGUCCAGUGGACUAACGUCUACCUUGACGCUCUGGAACUGGGUCUGGUCAUCACUGGAACACUACCUGUAUUCAAUAAAACGAAGACCAAAGAUGACAGGAAUGGCGAGCACCAGAAUCAGUUGAUUCUUGGCGUAAUGGGGAUCGACGUGUCUCUGGAUGACAUCAAGAAGCUCACACCACGCUUCACAAUCGGUCCAAAUGGAUACUACUUUGCCAUUGAUCCCAAUGGCUACGUCCUGCUGCACCCAAAUCUCCAACCAAAGAAUCCUAAAUUCCAGGAACCUGUGACGCUAGACUUCCUGGAUGCUGAGCUGGAGAAUGACAUCAAAGUGGAGAUCAGGAGAAUGAUGAUCGAUGGUGAGACAGGCGAACGCACCAUCAACACUCUGGUGAAAACUCAGGAUGAGAGGUACAUCGACAGAGGAGUCAGGACCUACACAUUCGCGCUGGUCAAUGGAACAGAUUACAGCCUGGCUCUUGUUCUGCCGAAAUACAGUGAACACUUCAUUCAGGCUAAACUGGGGGAUGACAUUCAGAAAGCUAUGUCUUCUUCUUGGGGCAAAGAGGCCAUGGAAACCCUACAGCAGGAGAGGUUUGAUGAGUUUGGUUACACCUUCAUCGCUCCAAGGGAUUACUGCAAAGACCUGAAGCUGUCACUCAACAACACCCAGUUUGCCCUCGACUUCAGCCAGUAUCUUGAUAGGAACGCUCCAGACGCAUGUAAUGUGUCCCUGGUGAAUCGACUAAUCCUGGAUGCAGGUCUGACAGCUGAACUGGUUAAACUUUGGAACGAGCAGACAGUGGAUGGGAUAGUGGCCAGGUUUGUAGCCACAGAUGGAGGAAUCACAAGAGUCCUCCCAAGAAGUGCUGGGGAAGAGUGGACUGAGAAUCCUGAGACAUACGAGUCCAGCUUCUACAAAAGGACCCUGGACAAUGAAAUUUAUAUUUUCACAGCUCCAUAUUUCAACCCAGAGGGCAGGGAGCCUGUUUCUGAGUCAGGGAUUCUAGUGAGCAAAGCGGUGGACCUCACGAUUGAUGAAGUCACGCUCAAACCAGCAGUGGUGGGAGUGAAACUGAAUGUCUCAUUCUGGAUGAACAGUUUCAUAAAUGCUACACUGAAACUCAACUGUAAGGACGAGAUCUGUGGCUGUCUGAGGAACGACAAGCAUGUAGACUGUGUGAUCCUUGACGAUGGCGGAUUUCUUCUCAUGUCCAACCAGGAAGAGUAUCUCACCCUGAUAGGUCAGUUCUUUGGCGAGGUGGAUCCCGUGCUGAUGAUCAACCUGGUCAACACCUCCCUGUACUCCUUCAACAAGACCUAUGACUACCAGUCAGUCUGCGACCCAGAAAAAGACAGCAAGGCUGCAGCAGGACCCCGCUCCGUCUUUGUGCCUACCAUUGCAGACCUACUCAGUAUUGGCUGGUGGGCCUCCAGUGCUGCCUGGUCGAUACUCCAGCAACUCUUCUUUAGUCUCAUGUUCCCCGACCUUCUAGAAGCAGCGGAGUCAGCAGAUGAUGACAUACCAGAUGCCAUGUUUAAGGAAAGCUGCAUCACAGAGCAGACUCAGUACUUCUUUGACAAUGAUGAAAGAUCAUACUCAGGUGUCCUGGACUGUGGAAACUGCUCCAGGAUGUAUCGCGCUGAGAAGCUGCCAAACACCAACCUAGUGUUCCUGAUCACCGAUGCCAAGGCAACGUGUUUGUCCUGUGACCCCAGGCCGCUACGACAGGCUGAACAACCCUCUGAAGGUCCAGAUCCAUGCGAGCUGGCUCAGAACCCCAGACACCGCAAAGGGCCGGACGUGUGUUUCGACAACAAUGAAAACGAUGAGCCCUUGUGUCCAAUCAGCAGAGGUUCUUCAUUGAGCCCCGCACCUCUCUUGUUGUUUCUGGUUCUUGUUCAGGGAAGAUGACUCUGACUGUGGAGGAGGGACCUGCCUAAGCCCGUGUCUUUGGCCGAUGCUUGGGCUCCAACUACUGCUGCUGUGGCUCAUUACAUCUUUACAACACUCA